AAAAUGGGAUUUUUCAAUAAACCCUUUAGGGUUAAAUCCAACACACAGAUGAAAGGUUCUGACAAGAAGAAGCUGAAAGUUCAGUUAAUCGCAGCAUUCCCUCUUCUGACGGAAGACGACCUUAACAACCUUAUUCCGACCAAGGAUGAAAUCAUUCAAAGUAAAAUUUAUACCUUUGGUGGAGAGAGUCUGCUUCUUUAUAUUCACAACAGAGAUACUGUGUUCUUCCAGCUGGAGAAGGAGAAAACCUUCUACCCUUCCGUUUACACACUUUGGAAACAUCCAUUACUGUUACCUGUGUUUACUACGCAUCCGCCUGUGCUAGCUAAGCUGGUGAAUGGAGCUGAUCUGAUGCUUCCUGGAAUAGUUGUAGAUGAAUCUAAAGGAAUUAAAGCUUACUGUGAUGGCAAAUUGGAAAAGGGAGAUAUUGUUUCUGUUAACCUGACUUCUAACAUGGCUCCUGUAGCGAUUGGACGAACUUGGAGAUCUUCAGAGGAUAUGUAUAUGGCAGUGAGAAGAGGUAAAGGGGUGGAUAUUCUUCACACAUACGGGGACCAGGUACAAAAAUUGAAUCUUUUUUUCUUUAAAAUGUGUUUAAUUUUAUUUGAUCAAUGUAAUCUACAGCUUAAAGGUUUCCAUCGUCGUUAUUGUCGUGACCCUAUUGCAUAUGAUGAAGAAUUAUUAACUAAAGACUAA